ACGGCCGGCACAGAUGGACCAGCCGAGUAAUAGCCACGGUGGCCCUGCUUGUCCUCGUGGCUAUUGUUCUCAAGACAUACUCCUCUCACUACUCCGAAGAGAUGGACAUGGAGGUCCUGAGGCAGCAGAUGGCGGGGCGCAGUGCACGUGUGGCGAGAGCAUGUCAGCGGCACAGCGACACCCUCCUGCAGCAGUACUCGAGGUGGCAGGGGACGGCGGCCAAGUGGGCGGCGGUGAAUCGUAGUCUUGUAACCAACCCUGACCUGCUGGUGAAUCGCGAUCAAAGACUCAUCUGGUGCAAGGUUCCAAAAGUGGCGUCCACCGCGCUGGUCCACGGACUCAUGCGGGUGCUGGGGCGGAGCGACCUCAUAGAGUCCCAGGCGCGGGGUCACCUCCACAUGAGCAUCCGCAACAUGAUGCCGCACCCCUCGCCGCACGAGGACCUCUCAGCCUUCACUGCCUUCAUGGCCGUCAGGCAUCCUUUCCAGAGGAUUCUCUCUGCUUACAGGGACAAGUUGAUGAACCGGUGGGAGAAAUUUCAGUUUAAUAAAUUUCAAAAUGAAUACGCCAAAGCCAUCAUCCGGGAGUACAGGCGACACCCGCAGAGCAAACAGUACGAGGACGUGCCCACCUUUGGGGAGUUUGUGGAUUACCUGAUCGCCACCCCGGUCUGGAAAUACAACGAGCACUGGCUGCCCUACUACCUGACCUGCACGCCAUGCCACUACCGCUACGACAUCAUCAUGCAUUUGGAUUCUUUGUCACAAGACGGAAAGUAUCUUGCGCACGUCACGGGGCUUCACGAGCUGCUCCCCAGGCUCAUACACGCCACCGUCAACACCUCACACACCCAUUCUAAGCGCGGGAAAAAUGCAGGGAAGUUACAAUCAACUGACGAUCAAGCACAAUUUCUAACUGACUAUCAAGUCCAAUUUCUUGAACGUAGUAUUCAAUCCGGCGGAACGGAAGCAUCCACAGAAUCAAAGUUCUUUUCCGAACUUAGCAUGCAACAAUUGAUGAAGUUACAUUCUGUUUAUAGGAUAGACUUUGACAUGUUCAAAUUUGACAUUAGUCCUUAUGAUAGUUAUGUAACACACCAUUAACAUUCAUAUGUUGGGUAUAGCUUUCAAAUCACUUCUUAAGGUAUUAUGGUAAAUGUUGUAGGUAUGCA